CGUGAUCUCAUCGGAAAUUAUUUGUUUCAUUGUGAACUGAAAUUAAAAAUAUCUUGUUUUUAUAUAUAUAUAUAUAUAAAUCUAUUCAUUUCUAAAGCAUGAAUUAUUAUGGCUUUUGCAUGUGGCCUACACUUAUCAAUGUUAUUGUUAAUAUAUCUGCAAUAGUGUUGUAGUAGUAUUAUGAUUCAUUAUUGGUUAAUCAUAUGUCAGCAUUAUUAUUAUUAUUAAAUCAAUUCAAAAAAUAUGCAGCCAUUGUUUGAAAAACCGCCAAAAAGUUCAAUAUGUUUCAAUGCCAUUAAAAUUCUAGGCAUUAAUUAUCCAAUCAUAUUAUCAUCAUUUAUAUUAUUACUAUCAUGGAUAAAUGUUGGUGAAAGUAGAAGAGGAGAAAAACCACAAAUUAUUGAAGAACCUAAAUCAGUCAUAACAAUUGUUGGACAAUCUGUUCUAUUUGUAUGCCUUGCUGAAGGGAAUCCAGCACCAAAAGUUCAAUGGAAGGUGUCAGGAACAUCAGUAUCAGAGUCUAGAUUUGGCAAAACAUUUCGUGCAUCACGUGGUUCUAUUCUGCGUGUGAAUAAUGCACUGCCAUCAUAUAAUGGUGCACUGAUCACAUGUACUGCUGCAAAUGCUUUAGGGCAAGCUGAAAGUAGUGCAACUUUAACAGUAUACUCUGAUGAAUCAAAUGUUGGCAAUUUACGUAUACAAAAUUUAAUUGAAGAAGAUGAGGGGAAAUAUGAAUGUGAAGCAAAAAAUGACAAAGGUACACGUUUAUCAUCAGGUGAUAAUCUACUUGUUCGUGAAAAUGUUGAAGCUAGUCUACAAAUGUUGGCACCAAGUACUAAAAGAUUUCGACCACAUUUUACUAAUAUCCCAACACCAAGACAAAUAAUACCACCAGGUGGUCAAUUAACAUUAAGUUGUACUGCUGUUGGUGCACCUGUACCACAUGUUCAAUGGUUUCGUGAUCAAAAACCACUAUCCACUACUAGUGAACAUUUGAAUAAACAACCACCUGGUACAGCAAAAUUUAUUUUAACCAAUUUAAUGGAAUCAUUCAAUGUUACAUGUAUAGCUGAAUCAACCAUGGGACGUAUUUAUCAUGAUGUACAAAUUAUUGUAAAAAAUUUACCUAAUCCACCAGGUGAUUUUCAAUUAAUCGAAUUAAGUGCAACACAUGUUCAUUUGGCAUUACAACCAAGCACUAGUCCAUUGUCUUCAAUACGAAAUUAUUUAAUUUUAUGGUUACCAAGUAGUCAAUUUACAAAUCAAACUUUAUAUGAAUUACCAUAUCAAGCAAGUCUUUUAAUGAAUCAACAACCAAUUGAUCAAAUUGAACCAUUAUUAUUAUCAUCAUCAUCGAAUUUAGAUGAUUCUCGACCGAAUGUAAUUAUGUUACCGAAAUAUUUGAAAAAUAUCAGUCGUUCUUCAUUGACUGAUUAUCAUUCACGUCAACGUCAACCAACGCAACAAUCUGAUAUACUUAAUCAAGAGAAUAAUGAAAUAACAAAUUCCAAUACACUUUAUAAUGUAUUAAUGAUUUCUUUAAGUCAAUUGAAACCUUUCACUGAAUAUACAAUCUGGUCAAGAACUGUCGGUGCAGACGGUGAUACAUCAUUGCCUAAUCAACCAUUUUUAUUCUUAACAAAAGAACUUGCUCCAUCUAGUCCACCGUUGAAUGUUUAUGCACAAGCUCUUUCAAAUGCUGCAGUUACUGUUUACUGGGAUCCACCAGCUGAAUCAAAUGGUCGAAUACGAGCAUAUCGAAUUUAUUAUACAAAUAAUCCUACAUUAGAAUUUUCUUAUUGGGAUACAAGUAUCGUGAAUUUACAAGCAUUAAAAUCUUCUUCACCAACAAGUACAUCAAUGAAUGCUAAGAAAACCAAUGAACAAACAACACUUCCUGGUCAUUUAUCAAUUUUAUCACAUUUAAUAACAAAUGCUACGUAUUAUAUACGUGUUAGUGCAGUGAAUGGACAAGGUGAAGGACCAGCAUCUGAGAUAUCGAUUGUUAUUGUACGACCUGGUGUUCUUUCAAAACCACAAAAUUUCACUGCAACAACACAAUCACCACAUGAAAUUCUACUUCAAUGGAAACCACCAAAUGAUAUUGAUCCAAAUACACGUUCAUUAGAAUAUUAUGAAUUAGAAUAUGAAGCUGUAUUAGAUAUUAAAAAAUCACCAGAUCAUCAUUUACAAUGGUUUAAUAGACAAAGUGCUAGUAGUAGCAGUGUUAGUACUCAUAACAAUAAACCAAUCAAAUCACAACAACAACAAACUUCCACUAUACAAAUUCGACCUGAUAUAACAAGUUAUUUAUUGAAUAAUUUAGAACCGGAUACACGUUAUGUAUUUAAUUUGAUUGCUGUGUCUAAAACUGGACAUGGUGUCAAAGCAUCGACAUUCGCUCGAACUAAUCAAUUCAUUCCACCGGCGCCUAAAAAUUUAUCUGUACAAGCUAUUAGUGCCACCCAAUUACAAGUGAAAUGGCAACGCCCAACAAACAAUGACCGAUUCUCUGAUAGUAGCUUAUCAUUAUCUUCAUCAUCAUCUGCUCGUAUUGCUUAUUAUGAUUUAAAUUGGCGUCAAACAGAUAGUGAAGGUUCAUGGUCCUCCUCCUCCUCCGGAAAUCAUCAUUCUCAAACAUGGUUGAAUCAGUCAUCACAGUCAUCAUCAUCAGUGAAUGCUGGAAUAUUUGAAACAAGCGUAUUUGGCAGUUUGCAAAUACCAACUCAACAUAAAGAAAGUUAUGAUGAGAAUUUGACAAAUUUAACAGAAUCAUGGUAUAGUGCAAAUAUUACUGGUCUACAACCAUCGACUUAUUAUGUAAUACAUUUACGAGCUGUCUCUCCAUCAAGUACAGGAGAGAUUGCAGUUUCUCAACCAGUGAAAACAUGGAAUGAACCUCCAUCAGCACCACAAAAAUUACGUUUAAUUAGUCAAAUAAUUCCUCAGUCUAGUGUUAAUUUACCACCACAAAUUCUAUUACGUAUUUCAUGGGAACCAGUUUGGUAUGAUGGUUAUACAAUUGGUGAAAAAUCUUCUUUAUAUCGAAUUAAAUGGCGUUUAAUUGGUGGUGAAAAGAAUUUUAAAACAGCAUCACAAUCUCUUUCAAAACGUACAUUGCGUUCAAUAGAUAAAUAUCCAAGUCAAGCAACAUUACAUUGGCCAAUUAUUGAAACACAACAAAAUCAACAAUCUACUAAUCAGCUUACAAUAAAUGGUGUUAAUAAUCCAUUUCAAUCUGAUUUACUUAUUCCAAAGAAAUUUUUAUAUGGUGAAGUGAAUUUAACUGAAACCAAUUGGAAUGCUGCUUCUGAUCUAUUUUUACUUGGUAUGAGCUAUGAAUUUCGUGUUGCUGCAAUCACUACAUUACAAAUUGGUUAUGAAGCUGUGGAAACGGUGGCAUUUGAAGGAACAGCACCAACAAAUACACCGACAUUAAUACAAACUAGUUAUACAUUAGAUCAUAUAACACUAUCAUGGAAUCCACCUGAUUGGAAUCAUCGAAAUGGUCUAUUUGAAUCAUAUGAAAUUAAAUGUUAUCAUCAUCAUCAUCAGUCUAAUAAACAAUCGAUCAAUUCUAAUCCAACUGAUGAUUCAUUGAAAUUAUCCAAUACAGUUGAACAACAACACUACAAUGUGACCUUGCUGAAUAGUCGUGUUCAAUGGCCAAUAUCAUCAGCACCGAAUGGUUUAUUAAAUAUUAUUCCAUGGCCAAGUGGUCAAUUACAUUUAAACUAUCCGAUUGAUUUUCAAUAUAAACAUGAUUCAUCGAUUGAUUCACAACAAAAUCAUGAUAAAAUUUAUGCAUGUCUUAUUCGUGCAAUUAAUGUGUAUGGAUUUGGACCAUGGUCAACAGAGAAGAUAAUUUUACCAAAGAAACCAUCUAUACCAUUUUCACCGACUAAUCUACGUGCAUUAUUCCUUGAUCAGCAUCAAUUACGUAUUAGUUGGUCAUUACCAAUAAAUUUAUUACAAACUAUUUCACCAUAUUUAAUUAAAAAAUUAAAUCAAAAUGCAAUUAAUCAAUUAAUUAAUUAUACUGGUAAUAGUUAUUCACAUUUUGCCAUUUAUAUUAGUUCAACUAUAAAAACUAAUUGGAAACGUUAUACAACUAAAGGUCCAACAACUGAAUUAAUUCUAAAUGAUUAUGACGAAGAAUCUACUUAUUUAGUACGAGUUAGUUCAGUAGGCAUCAAUGAACAUGAAAGUAAAUGGUCAGAACCAGUGUUAACAGAACGAAUCAAACCAACCAAUACAAAUUUACCAAUGAAAGUUUACAAUUCCAAAUGUCGCUUGCUUUAUCGUUAUCAAACAGAUUUAUGGCAAAUAAAAUUAAAAUGGGAAGUUCCAAAACAAUUACAAACUGGACUAUAUUUUGAUCAACUUUCUCAUUAUCGAAUUAAUUAUACAAUGAUUAAAUCAACUGCAAAACAUACUACUCAUAAAAUAUCAGUAGUAAAUCGUGAGUUAUCUUUGAAUAAAUUAGAUUUGCAUAAAAAUCAAUUCAUUCUACAUAAUUGGUUGUAUACAACGGAAUCUGAUUCAAUUUAUGCUAUAUCUAUUCGACCAGUUUUUAAAGGGAGCACAACUCAAACGGAUACAGAUCCAUCGGUUAAACGACCCUAUGGUAUAUUGGAAAAUAAUUUAUGCUAUAUACCAAGAAGCAAUAUGUUUCAUGUUCCAAUGCCUAUUAUCCUAAUGAAUCCAUUCAUUGAUAAAACAAAUUAUUUUCUAAUUGGUUUAAAAUUAAUCAAUUGGUUCCCAAUGUCAUCGCCACCGCAUCAAGAUCCAUUGAUAACCUAUGAGUUAAUUGCAUAUCAAUUACCAAUACCUAAUCAUAAUAUACAAAUUGCUGAACAAUUAAAAUUAGGCCAAUGGAAUUCUAGUGAAUUAUCUACAUCAUCAUCAUCAGCUGAUCAUCGUUAUCGUCGACAUCGUGAUCGUGAUUAUCGAUCAACAGGUGAAGCAGAUGAUUCCAUUAUACAAAUUGAAUUAAGUCAACCAUUAAUGGAUACAACAUUAAGAUAUGUGAAAAAAUCGGAAAAAUUAUUUAUUGGCAAAGCAUUACCAACAAAUCAAGAUUAUGCAUUAUGUGUGAAAAUUUGUUUACAACCAAACAAACAAUUCUAUUCAUUUAGCGUGAUGGAUAACAGUGUAAAACAAGAACCAAUUUGUUAUGAAUCAAAAUGGAUUCAACCAGUUGCAACAAAUCGUCCAUCUCCAUCCAUUGAAUCAUUGAAUGAUCCCGUCAGUUCUCAACUCAAUGAUUCCUAUGAUCCAGAUCAAUUAUUAUGGUCAAGUAGUUCAUUUGGAGCACAUAGUCCACCUCCAUCAGAUGAUGCUACCGCUCAAGGACCUAGUCGAGAAACUGGUAACAUGGAAUCAUUUAAAAAUAUACGUGAAAAUCGUCAAUCACCCAAUAAUAAUAAUAAUAAUAUUCAUAAUAAAAAUCAACAAUUAUCCCAAAAAACUUCAAGAAAACCAUUUAAUCAAUUGGAUGAAAAGUCAUCAUUAUUAGAUAAACAACCCUUAUCAACAAUCACAUCGAAUCAAACGCCUAAUUCACAAAUGACAUUAUUAACUGCUGGUUUAUCAUUAACUGCCUUGCUGUUAAUAUUCGGAUUAAUUUGUUUCUUAUUUAUACUGUACAGAAGACGACAUUUAUCUGAAAUGAAUAAAUAUCAAAUUACUGAUCAACGCGAAGCAUUAACAAAUGUCCAUUGGAAAAAUCGAUAUCAUUGGACGACGAAGACGACGACGACGCCAACAACUGGUGUGUUACGUCGAUUCCCAUUUAAAAAAUCACAUAAGCCAACAACCACUAAUCAAACUAUAUUAAAUUCAUUGCAUCAUUUAAAUGAAAUGCAUAGUCCACCACCGGGUAGUAAUUCAAUUUCAGCAAAUUUACAAUCAACUUUAACAACAAAAUCUUAUGAAUUAUUAUUUCCUGAUUAUAAUCAGUCAACAAUUGAUCAUACUCAUCAUACUAAUCAGAAUAGUUUAUUAUAUUCACAAUCAAAUGGUGAAAUUAAAAAUUAUUUUAAUUCAUUAAAUUUAAUUAAUCAUUCUAGUACAGAACAAUUUAACAAUUUAUUACAGCAUACUAAUAAUACAAUACAUCAUAGUGAAUUAAAUCCAAAUUAUGCAUCUGAUUCACCGAAUACAACAUUACAUCGUUUAAAUGAUCAUGGCAAUAAUUAUGGAGGAUCACGAUUGAAUCGUGUUGAUUCCAUAUCGUUGAGUUAUCAUCAUCCAUGUCAGGUGGUGAACUCACCACCAUCACCGAGUCUACUCUAUGGAUCGGGUCGUAUGAAAUCUGGUCAAACUAAUAAUAGUAAUAAUAAUAAUAAUACUAUGAAUGGAAUUGGUCCAUUGGGUAGUUUAAAAUCAGUUAGUACAUUGGGAUCAAAAAGUUUACAACCUUUAACUGGGACAGAUGGUAUUCAUUUAACUGAUAGUGGCUUGCUAUCACCGAUUAGUAAUGGACGUUGUCGAAAUCCGUUGAAUUCUGGCCCUAACAAACCACAAAUUUAUAAACCAAUUCAAGUGGCCAAUUUAAUUGAACAUGUACAAAAUUUAAAAGCCGACAAUGGACGUUUAAUGGCAGCUGAAUUUGAAUCAAUCGAUCCAGGUGGUCCAUUCACAUGGGAACAUUCAAAUCGACCAGCGAAUCGAAAUAAAAAUCGUUAUGCUAAUGUUGUCGCUUAUGAUCAUUCACGUGUUGUUUUACAAUUGACUGGAAGCAAUAAUGAUCCUGAUUCAGAUUAUAUCAAUGCAAAUUAUUUAGAUGGUUAUUGUAAACAAAAUGCUUAUAUUGCAACUCAAGGACCAUUACCUCAUACAAUCACUGAUUUCUGGCGUAUGGUAUGGGAACAACGUUCCGGUAUGAUUGUAUCAAUGACACGUCUUGAAGAGAAAGCACGUAUAAAAUGUGAACAAUAUUGGCCAGGCAAUAAUUGUAAUACAAUCAAUGGUAAUAGUAGUAAUAAUAUGAAUUUAAAUAAUCACAACAACAACAACAACACCAAUAUGACAACAUCAUGUCGACCAAGUCCCAGUGUAUCAUCACGAUUAAAUUCAUCUACCUCAUUUAAUAAUAAAAAAUUGAAUGAUUUCAAAAUGAAACUCUAUGAUAAAUCCAUCUUAUUACCACCGAUAAAUUUUAGAACAUCAAUAAAUUUAAAAGAUGAAUGCAAUAUAGAACAACCAUUGAAUGAAUUCCACAAUGGUGUUGUUGAUGUUGAUGAUGAUGAUAAUAAUAAUAAUGAUCAGAAUAUGAUGAUGCUCAGUGGUGAUUUAUUAUUUACAAAUGGUCUUUCACAUUUAUCUCAAAGUACAAUUAAUUUUGGUGAAAUAUCUGUCAGUUUAUUAGAUACAAUAGAAUUGGCUUAUUAUACUGUUCGUUCAUUUGUUCUACAAAAAAUUGGAUCAUUAGAAACUAGAGAAGUAAGACAACUGCAAUUUACUGCAUGGCCAGAUCAUGGUGUACCGAAUCAUCCGGCACCAUUAUUAAUGUUUUUAAGACGUGUUCGAGCUGAAUGCCCAACAGAUUCUGGUCCAAUCAUUGUACAUUGUUCUGCAGGUGUUGGAAGAACAGGUGCUUUCAUACUACUUGAUAUUCUAUUAGAACAAAUGCGUCAUGAAAAAGCUGUCGAUGUAUUCAACACAGUGAGUCGUCUUAGGGCACAACGUAAUUUUAUGGUACAAACUGAAGAUCAAUAUGCAUUUAUUUAUGAAGCUCUUGUAGAAGCUGCCUCUAGUGGCAAUACCGAAAUCCCGGUGCAUCAACUCAACACCCAUUGGCAUCGAUUGACCGAUUUGAAUCGAUUGAAAUGUCAAGAUCUUAUGAAUUCUGAUCAAUUAAAUUUGGGAUUAAUGAAAACUUCCAUGAAUAAUACCACCAGUUCGCAUAUAUCAACAGGUUUAGAAUUAGAAUUCUAUCAAUUAUUGAUUCAGUCGAAUUUAACAAAAUUAAUCUCUUCUAUUCCAUCUUCUAUCGGUCUAUUAUCCCCAAUUGAUCCAUUCUCAUUGAAAACAAAUGAAAAAAUUUAUGGCAAUGUAAUUUGUAAUAAUUAUAAUAAUAAUAAUAGUAACAAUAAUAUUGGUUGCACAAAUAUAUCAUCACAAUUGCCUAGAUCAAUUGGUGGUCUAUGCACUAAUAAAUCGAUUGCAGCAAUGUUACCAGUUAAUUUAUCAAAAAAUCGUAGUCUUAGUAUUAUACCACAUGAUGCAAAUCGGGUUGCACUACGUGCUGUUCGCGGUGUCGAUGGUUCAGAUUAUAUCAAUGCGAGUUAUAUUGAUGGUUAUAAAUCACGUGCUGGUUAUAUAGCAACACAAACACCAAUGAUUAAUACUUUGGAAGAUUUUUGGCGUAUGAUAUGGGAGUCUGGUUCAUGUUUGAUUGUUAAAUUAGACAGUACAUUGGAAUCGAAUGAUUUGAAAUUCAUGGACUCUCCAACAUAUUGGCCAAGUUUACAAUCUGCACGUCAUGGUUUCCUUGUGAUUGAUCCAAUCGCUAUUUAUCCAAUGUCAGCUUAUAUUAUGCGUGAAUUACGUUUAACUGAUACACGUGAUGGUUCCACACGAACUGUACGUCAAUUUGAUGCAAGUUCAACAGCGGAUGCAUUAAUUCGUUUGGAAAGACAAACUUAUUAUCCGACAAAUAAUAAAUCUGAUUUUAACGAAUUCAUUGAAUCGUCUCGAUCGAUAACUGCGGCAGCAACAUCAACCACCACAACCACAACAACAACUCCAAUCAAUACAACAAUGACACCAUCAGCAACUAUAUCAUUUCCAUCCAAUCCAUCGUCAAUUUUAGAAACAUCAUUUACUGAAAAUGAUUUUCUUAAAUUUAAUCAAAUACCAACUCAUAUGAUAUCAACAUUUAGACAAUGUUAUCAACCAAUAUGUGAAUCAAUGCUUGAAUUAAUUAGUCAAGUACAUAAAACCAAAGAACAUUUUGGUAUAGAUGGACCAAUCACUGUUCAUUGCAAUUUGGGUUCUGGAUUAACCGGUGUCUUCUUAACCAUUUCUUUAGUCUUGGAACGAAUGCGUUUUGAAGGUGUAGUUGAUAUGUUUCAAACUGUAAAAUUAUUAAGAUGGCAAAGACCAGGUUUAGUACAAACUGUUAGUGAAUAUGCAUUUUGUUAUGCUACAGCAUUAGAAUAUCUUGAAACAUUUGAACGAUAUACUACAUGACAUUGUUUUAACAUUUUUGAAAAUGCCAAUCCCUCAAACACACACACACCCACACACAAACUAUUUUUUUGAUUUCAAUAAACAUCCAUAUUAGAUUUAUUCUGAUUGAAUUGAUUGCAAAUGAAAUCAAUUUUAAUAUGGAAUUUCAAC